AUGGCUUUGCGUCAAAUCACCUCGAUGCUGGCGAUGUGCCGACUCAGUGCAAAGGCGCCGCUUCUUCAAAGCCUCAUACCCAGAAAACUGCAUAUGCCUCCAGCCAUACCACAGCAGAUCAUGCACCAGCACAAAUACGAGCCUUACGCGACGCCCCCGCACCAUAGCAGUCCCGAGCACGAACGACUGCUUAAAGAGGAACUCGUCAAUUACCCGCCCUUUCGCAAUCGACGCAUUCGACACGGCUUUCAAGACGCCAUAAUGGUUCGCGACUAUAAAAGACGGAUGGUCGCCGCCCACUUCGCACCUCUCCGAGUGCGUCUGAAUGCGAUCCGGAAAAACACCCUUCUUCCCAAAGAUAUACGGGACACCGCCUCCGUCCAAAUCCACUCCCUCCCCCGUGACAGCUGUUUCACUCGAAUAAUGACACGUUGUGUGGUCACUUCGAGGCGCCGGGGCUGCAAAACCCGCUGGCGAGUGUCGCGCAUUAUCUUCCGCAACUACGCCGACUACAACCGCAUGUCCGGCGCCGAGUGGGCCGUCUGGUGCCACCAGACCCAAUGCACCCGGCGGCACAUGGCCUGGCCGCCGCCCGCUUCUGCAGCCAGCACGAAGGACUACGUGGAAAAGUAUCACAAGUACCUCGCCGACUAG